UUAUCGUCUGUGAAAAAACCAUCAGCCAUCAUUUCAUUCAUUACUCUGAAGGAUUGAAUUAUAAGUCACCAAUUCAGCGAUUCCAGUCUGUGCGUAUUCCUCCUUUGGUGAAGAAAAAACUGGAAUUUGGUUUCUGAUUCUUGUUUUCUUUUCUCCUUCCCGGGUUCGGUCUGUUCUUCGUGUACUUGACGGUGUUCCUAAUAGGGUAAGCUCCAAGGUGGCUGUUUGAAGUUCCUGAUUUUACUUUCUUGCAGCCCUGUUUGUUUCCCGAGAAAAUUUAUGAGCCCAGAUCUCCAAAUUCAUAUCUGAAGCUGACAAAGCACGAGAUUUUAGCUCCACCAAAUCGGGAAAGCUUUUUAUUUUCUUUCUCGUCAACAAAAUUCUCAGCCUCCAGGAGAAAACACUUUGAAUCCCGAGAAAAUUCCAGAGCCGGAAGAUCUUGGCCAGAUUUUCCUUUUGAUUUCUCUGAAUUUUCUAUUCAAAGGCGGGACCUUUUACAGAUUCCGUCAAGUGGGUCUAAGCAAAAUCACGCGAACAGAGUUACGAAUAACCCAAAAAGGGGGGGAAGAAAUUCUGGUUUCUGUAAACAAACGAGUCAUUAUUUGUCAGUGAAGAUUGUAUUCUUCUCCGAAUACCCUCUCUCUUUCAUGAUCUUUUUCUCUUGCUCUCGAUCGUUUGAUCCCUGGCCAUAGAACCCUAAAUCUUCAUACGGGUAUAGCCAUGUCGCUCUGAUCUAUCCCCGCAGACCGUGAAACAAAAAACAGAGGUAGUUUAACUUUAAGUUCCCGACAUGGAGAUUCUGCGGCCGACGGCGCACGUGUCCGGCGGGAACUGGAUUCUGCCGGAAGAGACGGUGAAGAACUCCUCCACGGCUGCCACGUGGACGGCAGCGGAGAACAAGGCGUUCGAGGACGCACUCGCGGUGUACGACGAUGACACGCCGGACAGGUGGCAGAAGGUGGCGGCGAUGAUACCGGGGAAGACGGUGGGUGAUGUCAUCAAGCAGUACACGGAGCUGGAGGCUGACGUAAUCAACAUAGAGGCCGGUUUAGUUCCGGUUCCCGGUUACAUUACUUCGCCGUUCACGUUGGACUGGGCCGGCGGCUACAAUGGGUUAAAGCCGGUGGGGAGCAAGCGGUCGCCGGCGGCAAGACCGCCGGAGCAUGAACGGAAGAAAGGCGUUCCCUGGACGGAGGAGGAACACAAGCUGUUUCUGAUGGGUCUGAAGAAAUACGGGAAGGGAGAUUGGAGGAACAUAUCCCGGAACUUCGUGAUAACGAGAACGCCGACGCAGGUGGCGAGCCACGCGCAGAAAUACUUCAUCCGGCAGCUCUCGGGAGGCAAAGACAAGAGAAGAGCCAGCAUUCACGACAUCACCACCUUCAACCUCGACGACCAUGCCCCCUUGACUCCGUCCGGUCCAAUCCCAUGGUCCCAAACCUUCGACCCCAAUCCCGGUUUUCACUCCCACGCCCACCAUCUGCUCGGCACUAGCAACGGCGACCAUCAAAACGCUCCCUUUCAGCUAUACAGCGCAUAUUCCACCCAAGUCGAGUGACAUAAACCAUGGUUCCUCGCAUGGACCGACCAACGCAAUGGAAUUGUGAAAAAUAUAAGUCUGUGUAUUGCGUAUUAUCCAAAUUAAAAGCGAUUGCUUCCUCUGUC